AGGUCCUUUAUUAAUCACUAUAUACAUAAAUGAUAUCUGUAACUCAGUGAAAAAAUGCAACUUUCAUUUCUAUGCUGAUGACACAGUACUAUAUGCCACAGCCCAUCACUCGCUCAAGCAUUUACAUUCCUGCUCCAGUUUGACUUUGAAUUGCUUCAAGAUGCACUUGUAGAUCUUAGGCUGGUGCUUAAUUCAAGUAAAACUAAGUAUAUGGUAUUUUCACGAUCCAAAAGUUUACAAUUGGAAAAUCUGAACCUUGCUACCCAUGAUGGCUUUCUUUUGGAACGUGUUCCCACCUGUAAAUACCUUGGAAUUUGGUUAAUGAUAAUCUCUUUUAAAACUCACACACCCCUGUGGGUGACAGAGGGUCUGGUUAUCUAUUGCCAAGCGGAUCGGAUCCAUUCGGAUCCUCAUAGAACAGUCAUGACAUUGUGAACAGGCACAACUCCGAUGUUUUUUUUCUCAAAGUUGCCGGAAUAUCAUGUCCUUCUCAUCAGUACACUCGUAACAACCUAAGCAUUACGAAACUUCUAUCAAAUAAGCCAUACAUUUUGUUGACCAAAUUCAACACACAUUGACUUGCUUGGUGAGUGUAAAAAAUUAAAAACGCUUCCUGCUGAAGAAGAUGGAUUUUGGGCCCAGUUAUCUAUCUCACUUCACCUCUUCCUCUGUGCUGCCCAGCAUUUUUAUACAUGACCCUAAGCAUGAUGGGACAUUCACUGCUUAAUUAACUCAGGAACCACACCUGUGGAAGCACCUGCUUUCAAAUACACUUUAUCCCUCAUUUACUCAAGUGAAUCCAUUAUUUUGGUUAUCUGUAUGUUUUAUUUAGUUAUUCUUACUACAGUGUUUCCCUCCACCUUUGAAAGGGACAUAUGUUAGAUUUCACUAGAAGUUAUAUAGUCAGAAUAAGAACCAGGUGCCUUUCUUUUCCUUUAUCACCUAAAGCAGGGUUUCUCAAACUUGGUCCUGGGGCCCCCCUGGGUGCACGUUUUUGUUUUUUUCCCAAGCACUACACAGCUGAUUCAAAUAAUUAAAGCUUGAUGAUGAAUCGGCUGUGUAGUGCUAGGGCAAAAACCUAAACAUGCACCCAGGGUGGUCCCCAAGUCCGUUUUGGAAACCCUGACCUAAACCUAAACAAGUUCAUAUCAAAACAAUGAAUGGCAUUUACCCAUGUAGGCCUAACGAUUUCAUAAGAUGGAGAUUUAACUUUGACUUUAACCAUUGUGUUUUUUGUAACUCAUAUCGAAACGGCAGAUCAUCUUAUUUGUGCCUGUCAACUUACUAAAACCUUUUGGGAUGCAUUUCGGUACUGGAUCACAUAUAAUGAUCUAUUCAUACCCACCCUAACAUUUAAUAAUAUCUUUUUUUUAUGGAGGACCGGAAAGCCGAAUGUAUGAUCAUAUUUUUUUCCACUGCCCCGUUUGUCUUUUUAGCAGGCCAAUCAUGUUAAGCCUAUUUUUGUUAGGAUCUAGCCCGGUGUUAAGAUGGGCCUACUAUAGGGAAAAAUGGGAUUCUCCUUCCUACUCUCCGCUCGUUCAUGCUGUAGCUUAUUUUACAUUCAGCAAGCGUACAUCUCUCCUCAUAGGCUAUUAGUAGGCUAAAGAAAAUAAGCCGAAAUAAGUGUCCAACAAGCUUUUUUAGUCUGUCUUUUCAUGGGACCCGACAAGAUUUAAAAGGAAUAUUCGUGGCCGCGAAGAGGCCCGAUGCGUAAUUGCGCAACAUAACAAUGAAGACAGCAGGCUCGAGAUGUAGCCUAUAGCCAGUUAAACAUAUGCAUAUUAGCCCAUCAUUCAUAAGCUCAAUGUUAGGCUUAAUACUGCAGUGAGUUUAUCCAGUCAAUAUACACAGCGAAAGAAAAAGUUUAGCAGAUAAUGAAAUCAUAUAUAGGAUCUAUCUGAUGUAUGCCUGUGCGCUCCUAAGCUUCACUGAGUGUGCGCCCUAAUAGACCCCGGGUACGCAGCAGUUAAAUAAGAUAUCCUCAUGGUCUGUUGAGUCUCGGUCUUCGGUGUGUAUCAACGUAUUCUGUGUUUAUUUCGUUUAUGCUUCACAAUGCUAACCGGAAUGUAGGUAGCAGCCAUCUGGAAAUGAGCACUGAGGAGACCCCACGCAACAAUGCCUUGGCACAACGAAGGAGCAAGAGUUACAGGCAAUCAAUGCGAAGCUGUGUUGAAGCAACUCAUCUGGCAUACACAUCAGGCCUUCUGACAGCUCUAAGAAUACCGAGAAGUAGAAAGGCUCCAAAGUCAUGUGAUAUCACAAAACAGGUUGACCCAGACCAAGUAGCACUUCUGGUGAAGAAGGAAUGGCAGCUGUCGUAUGUCACACCUUUGUACCAGUUCAGACACACUCAGUUGAAAUCCUACUCAAAGCAACUAUCAGCUUUCAUGGUAUCAGAGAAGCAACAGGGCCUGGCGAUUGAAGUUGGUCAGGAGUUGGGCUUCAAGGUAAAUUUUUCUGUGGUCCUUGGGUUGGCAGAGACUGAUAAAGAUGCUGAGACAGUUUUCAUACAGAUUCUCUCCAAACAAGUGUUUUCUGCAAAAGAUGAUGCUCCGAAGGUUGUGUGGAGUGGCUGGCUGACCUGCGUAAACGGUGACUUGGAUUAUCUCCGAUCACUACCCCUGGAAUUUGUCAGUUUGCCUUUGUUCUGCACCAGAGGACCAGAAUCGCUCACAGUGUUGGUCAAAUCCUGGUUUGAAAAUAUAUUUGACUGUUGCUUUGGCCCUCUUGAUAUCAACUCUACCAACCUCCAGUGGCUCGCAUCCCUAUGGACUGGGUGCCACCCCACCAUCAACAUCCAGUACCUGAAACUGGUCUGGACUCUCCCAACACUACCCCCUAUGGACGUUACGUACACCGUCCACCCACAAGAUGCCUGGGAGCUUUGGGACAGCAUGCGGCAGGUUGACACGACAGAGGACAGCAUCAGCAUUGAUGAGGUCACCGGGUUCAUCAAAGGGCUGCAGUCACACUUCUUCAGGCACUUCAGGAUAGACUUGUCUGCUGGGUCACUGAUGCAGAUCUCCACGGCUUUGGGUUCUUCUCACCAUAGUGGAAAAAUCAAGAUUGCAAGCCCUAAUUACAUCCCCACCAUCCUGCAACUGCUGACAGAAUGUGCUCUUCUGAAGAUGCCAAUCUAAGCAGACUGUCUUUGACAUCACAAAUCAAUGUUUGUUUGUGUUUUGUAAAAUACCUGUAUACCCACAAAAUUACUGUCCAUAUGAAAUUAAACCAUUUAACUUUUUUUUUUAAAUAUUCAUGUAUUGUAUGAAAAGGCAAAUGCAAACAUUUCAAAAUAGCUACGCUUUUGCUGAUUGUGUACCUUGCCAUUGUUCUGUGGUUUCAGUCACUCUAGAUAUUAUUCACUACAAGCGCAAUAGUGUAGAAGUAAAUGUGUUACAGCUUAAACUUGCAAAUGUUGGUUUUUGUCAGUUUGGGGUGAUAGUUGAUUAAUCAGGUUUGAUACAUGGUAAACCGUCAAGUAACUUGGGCAGUUCUGAAGAUAUCAUUGUUAUACAGUCCAGAUACAGUAAAUCUGUAAGAGCCUGGUGAUUUCCUAAAUAGUAGAGUAGUAACAACCAAAAAGAAUAGUACCUGUAAAUACAUUUCCAUUUUCAAAAACAAUUGUUUGAUGAGCUUAAAGUUUGAAAUAAAGUGUUUUUAUUAACAGCAUGGGGUAUUUUGUCAGUACAGACAAUUCCACGUCAUCUAACAGGGGAGAAAUAAAGCACCCGUACAUUUGCCCUCAACGGUUCCAUACUGUGAAAGGCUGCGUUUACAACGGCAGACCAAUUCUGAUAUUUUUUUUCCAGUUUUGGUAUUUUUACCAAUCAGAGCUUUUCACAGUUGACUUGAUUGGUUAAUAGACCAAUUUGUGGAAAACAAAUUGCCUGCCUGUGUAGGUGCAGCCACUGGUUAGCUCUUAAACAUAUCUGAUGUGAUUGGUCAAAAGACCAAUUAGUAGAAGAAAAAAAUCAGAAUUGGGCUCUGUGAACACAGCCAAAGGGAUACAUUAAUUUUCAAAAUAUUUGGUCAGUCUAAUAAUUACUUGCAUAAUCUGACACAUUUAGGUGAUAACAUAUCUACAGGAGUUGAGUUUGCAUGAUUGUAAAAUGCAUGAUUGUAUAUUUUGCUCAAUAGCAGUAACAUGAGAUUCAUCAGGGUUUACCUUUUUUUUUUUAUGUCUAAGCAUAUUACUCAAUGUCCAUCUGUUUUCCAUGGUCACCAAUGAAGGGGUGCAUAAUACAUCAACCAGUUCAUUAUUCCUUACUGUGUGUUAGAUGAACCGCAAUGCAACUAAUUCCUCAAUAUUUUUUUAUAGAUUAAAGUACAAGACUGUCUCAUGUCUCAUAAGGUUAAAAAAAGUAUAUCCAUUGUCAGCCUUAAAUGGGCAACAAUCUUGUAUGAAACAGUUGUAAUAUUGUGUAAGUGCCACCGUACCAACAAUUGACCCCAGUUGUGAACGUAGAACUCCAGGUUAUGCUCAGUGUGUCAAACUAAUAAAAACCGCAACAACAAAAAAUUA